AUGGUAUGGUGGCCUGUUAGGUGUCAUUCACGAUUUGGUUCGUCAGUCAGCUGGACUCUAUGGUAUAAUACAGACGAACCGUCAGAUGGCGAGGACAUCGAAACUUUUAUCAGAAUACAAAAAAUUAAUAAUGAAGUAUGUAAGGAUGGGGAACCGGAAGAUGUAGAAUGUCGAGUUGUUGGAGAUGAGGAGUCGACGUUUGUCAGUCAGAAAUUGUGGAAAGGGAACACACUCAAACUUCCGUGUACCAAAUAUGGAGUCACUUGUUUAGAUGUAGAUCAAGAACACGAAAGGAAAUGUUUUGAUUAUGAAAUCAGAUUUCUGUGUUCACAUGAUGAAGAUGCGAGAGUAACAAACAGUGGUGCUUUUAUCGCUCUCUCAGCUGGCUGCUCUAUAUUGAUACCAUUAAUCUGUGUUCUAAUUAUCAAAUGCCGUAAAUCUAGACUAGCUCAAAAUCAAAGAAACGCGUCAGCAACAACCCCAGCUCAAAACUGUGAUCCACCGCCAUCGUACGAACAACUUUUUGGCGGAAGUGACGGUACAUUGACCAAUACCGCCUCCAGUACUGAAGAUCUCGUGGGUUCGUCACGUGAUCGAUCUGACGGUUAUAUAAAUGAAGGUUUUGUAGAGACUAUUUCAGGGACGAGUGUGAGUGACACUGUUAUAGAAACCGAUGCUAAUUUUAGUAACAAUCGCGCUGGACCGAGCAGAUAUCCCGGCAUGCACGUCUCAGUGACAGAUUUAAUGGGAUCCACUUGCUUCCAAUAUGACACUACACCUCCUCCAACUUACAACGAAGCUUUAGAAAUUUUAAAAUCCGUGCCCCCAAAAACGUGA